AUGCACUGCUUGGACUCCCCGGCUGAGCCCUGCCGUCUGGCCUUUGAGUCGAGUCCCACCAUGCGGCCCCAGCACCACCCCGGUGGCGGCAAGGAUGGAGCCACGGUGCCCUUCUGCUCUGGAGGGAAGGUGCCACCACCUCACCCCGGAGCCAUAGCAGCACCGUCAGGCCUGUCCCGGCCCUCACAGGAGGCCUUGCUGGCUCGUUCAUCAGCCCAGCCGGCAAAUGCCCACCCUCUGGAUUACUAUGGAAUUACAUUCCCUGCUCCUGCAACCUUGACAGGCAGAGAUGGAAGCCUUGCUAACAAGCCAUACUCAGGUGACGUAACAAAAUUUGGACACAGGGAUUCUGCCUCCCCUGCUCCUACUACUACCCUUGCCCAGUCACAGCAGAACCAGACACAGACUCACCACACAACUCAGCAGCCCUUCCUCAACCCAACCCUGCCCCCGGGGUACAGCUACACUGGGUUACCUUAUUAUGCCAGUGUUCCUGGUGUACCCAAUGCAUUCCAGUAUGGGCCAACCAUGUUUGUACCACCAGCAUCUGCAAAACAGCAUGGAGUCAACCUGAACACCACAUUGACUCCUUUCCAGCAAGUGAGUGGUUAUGGGCAGCAAGGCUACGGGGCAGGCUAUGAUGAAUUAACACAGGGAAUGGCAGCUGGAGAUUACAGCAAAGGAGGCUACAGUGGGUCAUCUCAAGCACAAAACAAAUCUGCUGGCACUGGACCUGGGAAGGUAACACAAGACUUGAGGUUGAUAUUGAGUGGGAUUUAG